CUCCCGGGGCGGGGCCACGCCCAAGUGCCUGCCCAUCACGGCCCAUAUGCAAAUGAUCCCCACCCCGCCCAAUCAGCUCCCGUGGGGGCGGGGCCGCACAUUCUGAAGGCACCUGUGGCAGCCCUGCGCUCCGAGCUCUGUGCUGCAGCUGCAAGACUGGUCCGUGAGCGUCCAGAGGGCCCCGGGCCCAGCAGGCCAAGGUCGCUCUACCCAGCCUGGCACAAUGGGGAGGAAAAAAAUCCAGAUCUCCCGCAUUCUGGACCAAAGGAAUCGGCAGGUGACAUUCACUAAGCGGAAGUUCGGGCUGAUGAAGAAGGCCUAUGAGCUGAGCGUGCUCUGCGAUUGUGAGAUCGCCCUCAUCAUCUUCAACAGCGCCAAUCGCCUCUUCCAGUAUGCCAGCACGGACAUGGACCGCGUGCUCCUGAAGUACACAGAGUACAGUGAGCCCCACGAGAGCCGCACCAACACCGACAUCCUCGAGACACUGAAGCGGAGGGGUGUGGGCCUUGAUGGACCAGAGCUGGAGCCAGAUGAAGGGCCUGAUGGGCCAGGAGAGAAGCUGCGAAGGUUGGCAGGUGACGGGGGUGACCCAGCCUUGCCCCGGCCCCGGCUCUAUCCAGCAGCUCCUACUAUGCCCAGCCCAGACAUGGUAUAUGGGGCCCUGCCCCCACCAGGCUGCGACCCCAGUGGGCUUGGGGAGGCCCUCCCCGCCCAGAGCCGCCCAUCUCCUUUCCGGCCAGCAGCCCCCAAAGCUGGGCCCCCAGGCCUGGCACACCCUCUCUUCUCACCGAGCCACCUUGCCAGCAAGACACCACCACCCCUGUACCUGACAGCAGAUGGGCGGAGGCCGGACCUGCCUGGUAGCCUGGCGGGGGCCCGAGGGGGACUGAACACCUCAAGAGGCCUCUAUGGUAGCCUACAGAGUCCAUGCUCUGCCACAGCUCCGGGACCCCCACUCGGGAGUUUCCCCUUCCUCCCUGCAGGCCCCCCAGAAUAUGGCCUGGGAGACCCCCCUCCGCCCCCUGGCCUGCUGCAGCCCCCCACCCUGGCCCCCUGGCAGCAUUCCAGGGGUGAUGGGCCCCCAGCCGCCCCUCCCCAGCCGAGUGGGAGCCGAAGCCUGAGUGAGGAGGGUCCCCCCGCCCGUGGCGCCUCCCCACCAACCCCCCCAGUCAGCAUCAAGUCCGAGCGCCUCUCGCCGGCCCCUGGGGGCCCCGGCGACUUUCCCAAGACUUUCCCCUAUCCCUUGCUCCUGUCCCGGCCCCUGGCAGAGCCCCUACGGCCCGGACCCCCCCUGCGCCGUCUGCCCACUGCCGACGGCUGGGCUCGGUAGUGGACCCAGGGGUGGCACGGGUCCUUCCUCCCACGCGGGGCGAGGGCACGUGGGGUCCCAGUCUCCCUCCCCACGUCGUUAGAAAAAAGCCAGCAGUUAACGUCCCUCCAAAGUGAGGGCCUGGAGUUCAGAUCCACGGUCGGGGGUGGGGGAUCCUUUCUCCCUUUCCUGUGUGUGUA